AUGUUGAAUUCAACAACUCAGCGUUCAUAUGUAAAGGACAUUCAACAACUCUACCGGACGAUUGAGACAUCGACAGACGGCCAAGCUUCCAUACUCUCAGUCAAUGAAAUGUCAGUGAUGAUCUCGUUGCAUCCCAAAUCUGGUUAUAAUGCUCACGCUGCCUUCACUGUGAAAAUAAAGUGUCCCGUGUCUUAUCCAAGGAGUGGUCCAGAAGUGACAUUCACCUCACCAAUCUUCCACCCCAACAUCGACAAUGACUCGGGAGGCAUUUGUCUAAAUCUUCUCAAUGAAUGGCUCAGGUACGUCUUGCCUGUUUAUUUGAGCUUGACUGCUUAA